AUUCUCUAAAACCACUCGACUUUAAACAGUUGUAUAGCUAAUUAAAUUAAGCGUAAGCAUUCGAUUUCUAUGUAUUAGGCAAAAUUUAAAAUUUGUGAUUAUCCGUUCAAGUUAAUAUGGGUAAUAAUGUAAACAGCAGGUCAACUCGUCUUAAUCAUCAUUGUUAAAAGUUUUGCAAUGUUGUUAUUACUGUCACGUUACAAAUUUCAGAGUGGCAUUUGUUUAAUGUCAAUGGGAGAUAAGAUAGUGUGAUUAUCACGAAAUUACACACACAAUCUACAACUUUACUGUAGUAAAAAUAUGGCAGAAUACGGAUUUAAACCUGAAAUUCUCCCUAGCGCUCCCCAGGAGAGUAGUGAACAUUUUUCUUGUCCACAGCCACAACCGACUUAUCCACGAGGGGUACCGUGUUCGCUUAGUUGUUGUAACCCCACUAACGGUUUUAAACCCCCAUUUUACCAUGUCUUACCUCCUGGUUACUCCCCCCACAUCCAAUAUUCUGCAUUUCGCCCUAUCCACCCCAUAGACGAAAGUUCGGUAAAGGCUUAUUAUUGGGUAGACACACAUGCUUGGGGAGGUAUACCAUCCACCGCUCUCCAUGGUGGCGUCGACAUAGAUGGCGAGCAAAUUUAUGUAGGGAGAGCUUAUCACAACGGCGACUGGCUUCCGGCUAAGGUUAUACCUGGGCGGAAUAUCGCUUAUGUCUCCUACGAGGGUGAAGAGUAUCACAAAGACUCAUUUCAAGUUUUAUGCGAGCAGCGUUUUGAUUGGAUUCCUAACCACGGGGGAUAUAUCCCACCGGGUGCUAUAGAAGGGGGCAGAACUUCGGACGGUGAAAUUCUCUACAUCGGAAGAGUUCAGCAUGAAGGGACACAAACAGUUGGAAAGGUUCAUCCUAGUCAUGGGGUAUGUUAUAUACCAUUUGAUGGAAAGGAACUGUCCUUUGAAGAUUAUGAAAUUUUAAUCCUUAGAAGGUAAAGUUAUACUUUAUAAAAAUAUUAAUCGAAAAGCAAUAUGUUGUGGUUAAUAAAUUUUUCGAAACUUACAAAUAACACGUAAUAUGUUUUAAAUUACAACUAUUUUAGAUUUAGUUUAUAGAUACUUCUAAUAAACAUAUAUUUUAUUAUGUA